AUGGAUUCUGGCAUGUCCUGGGCUGAUCAAUGGGACACCAACCCAGACCCUCAUCCGGGAUCAGAGAAAGACAAGAAGAAGAGCAAGGAUGGGUCAAGUAAGAGCAGUUUUGGGAAGACUGUGAUGAGCUUCAAAUGGAUCAAAGAACUUCGCAAGAAAUCUAAUAAGUGA